ACAUCCAGUUCAUCGUUUUUCCAUUUUUCUGUUACAAAUCUCAUUUUUUUUUAUUUUUUAUUUCCUUUUGAAAUUCACUUUUUCUCCUCUUGCCCAUCUGAGCAUUUUCGGGGUUCUGUACCAAUGUCUCUCUCUCACCAAUUCAUGAAAGAGAAGUUUUUCUUAAUGGUGAUGAGGAUCAACAUUGACUGCAAUGGUUGUUACAGAAAAGUAAGGGGAGCUCUUCUUGGUAUGCAAGAAUUGGAGACCCAUUCGAUAGAAAAGAAGCUGAGCAUGGUUAGAGUUUAUGGGAGAUUCAUACCACAAGAUGUAGCAAUAAAGAUAAGGAAGAGGACGAAUCGCAGGGUAGAGAUAUUGGAGAUACAUGAAUUGAUGAGCAACAAUGAAGAAGAACUCCAUCAUGAUCAUCAGCAAAAACCCUCAAAUAAUAAUGUUACUUCUUGGGAUCUCAUAUCCACUGCCCAACACAAUCAAAUUGAAACUUGAAUAUGCUUUGCUUUAUUGGAAAUUACAGACUGUCAGGAGACUGAAAGCAAAUGCAGAUGCCAUGGAGGGUAUAUUUGUGGUUAAUAUACAUGUUGUCAUUUCUAAGAAUGCUACACUUAAGAAAGUUGGAUUGUUGAUACAUAUUUAUGGCAGGAAUAGUAGUAGAGGUACCACUAAGUUAAAAGGCUUGUUUACUGAUAUAUAUUACAAUGAACGUAAUUCUGUUGCAGAUGGUCUUGCUUAUAUUAGUCACAGCUUUAAUAUUGGUUUACAUUUGUUGGAUGUUGCCCUAGGGGAAUUGAUAAUCUUGUUGCUUAAGAUUG